AUGGCUACGAUAGCAGCAACAACUGUACCACCGCAGUUAAUUGAGGCUAUUAAAUGCGCAUCCCCAUCACCAAACACAAGUCCAGAAUUGCGCGAAGAAGCGUUGAACUUCCUCGAACAAGUAAAGAAUAACGCGUCAGAUACAUGGAAGUAUUGCUUAGGCUUAUUCUUAACAAAUUCUGUCGGCACUGAAGCCAGGGUCUGGGUUCUGAGUGUCGUCGAUGAACUCAUCAGCAAAUCAUUUCAAAAUCUACAAAACGACGAUAUACUCGCAAUACAAGAAGCCUUGUUUGAGUAUGUACGCAGAGAAUACGUCGAAGGUGGACAGGAAGGCGAUAUUGGGUUUUUGAGGAACAGACUGGCUCAUACGCUCACCUUAUUCACCAUACAAACAUACGACACAACCCAUCCUAACAUAAUAAUUGACUUUUUGUCACUCCUCAGACAAGGCUCAUCACUCAAUCCACGCACUACUCCACUCGUUUUGCGCAUCCUUGAUGAAAUCAACUUAGAGUUAUCAGAUUCAAUCAUUAGAGCAGCAAGAGAUUGGUCAUCAGAGAGGCACAUACGCGAUGGUAAUUUAAGAGAUGCCAUUAGGUCAAAGGAUGCACCCUCUGUUAUAGAAACUCUUAUUAAUAUCAUGCAAGAGUUAGGUCAUAUCUCUGUUAAUGGCGGUGAAGCGUGGUCGUCUAAAUCUUUGGAAGAAUCUCUUGCCCUCGCUAUUAACGUUUUUGCUGGCUGGUCUCAUUGGAUUGAUAUUAGUCUGUCAUUCACUCCUCAAACUCUAGAAAUCUUCUACCAGUUCUUACAACAUCCUUCUAAUCAAGUUAAAAUUGCUGCGACUGGCUAUUUUAUUAAGAUAAUGCAAAAGGGUACUCGAGAUUAUGCAGCCAAGUUGGAAAUUAUUGGUAUUAUCAAUGUUUCAAACAUUGUCGGACAACUUGAACAAGCGACGAAAGAUGACACUUCUGAUGACAAUAUUUUGUUUAGAGAGUCAUGUGCAAAGAUGGUAAAUGCUGCUGGUACAGAGAUUCUCAAAUUAUGUGAUGAGCCAACUCAAGCAACAAUCAUGCAAAGCCGUUCCGAUGUCAACUUUGGAACAAAUGAAACUAGAGCACAAGCAUUGGUAUUUUUAGCUCAACUUCAACCAAUCUUCUUGAGAUACUUUGCUGAUCAAUCAUCAAGUCCUUCGCUAGCCGUGCAUGGCUUCCUAACACAACUCAUCUCAUUCUACAAGAAAAAGAAAAAGGCGGAUGCUACAUCAUUCGAUGCUAUGCCAACCAGAGAAUUCUUUAGUCAAUUGUUGCCAACUGUUAUGCAAAAAAUGCAGUGGAAUGAGGAUGUUGAAUGGGGUUUCGGUGGUCUUGGUGAGGAUGUCGACGACGACCGUCAUGAGCUGUACGAAAUUCGCAGAGUGUUAAGAUCAACAUUCGAUUCUGUCUGUCAACUGGACCAAGAGCUGUGGACUUCGACAGUCGUAUCUCUCAUCAACCAAACACUCACUCAAUGCACCAGCUCUGGACCGGAUUCUGUUCCUUGGUAUCAAGCGGAAUUGGUGCUUUAUAUAGUUUUUCUGUUCGCUGAAGCUAUUCAAUCAGGUAAUACGGUGCAGGCGUUUGUGCACGUAUCAGAAGAUGAGAGACAGUCAGCAAAAAAGGAUGCGAACAACUACAAAAUCAAGUACGACGAAAAGCCUUACACACCACUUGGUCAACUAGUACAAACUGUUGUUGACUCAGGUAUCAGCAAUCAUCCACACCCCGCAGUCAAUCUCCAGUACUUUGAGAUGAUAGUGAGAUACGUUGAUAUACUGUUUGCACGAAAAGAAUUGAUAGAUCCAAUCUUAUCUGCAUUUGUCGGUGACAGAGGUAUACACAACCAGUCACUCAAUGUGAAAGCGAGAAACUUUUAUCUCUUCCAACGAUUCACAAUGCUAGCUAGAAGAUUUAUUCCAGCCAACUUUGUGCCAAAGUUGCUUGAAUCUAUCACGGAUUUACUAGUACUAUCAGUCGACGUUUUGCCACUUGAACAAGGUGAUAGCUAUCAAGAUGUUUUAAGCAAAUCGGUAAACACUAUAGGCUUAUUCCACUAUCAACUCAACCUUUAUGAAGCCAUUGGAUGUAUUCUAGCUAAACUCAGUGACAUACCAACAAAUCAAGUAAACUAUUUGAAUCAAAUAAUACAGCCAUUAUUAGCAUCUCUUCAACAAUCUCUACAAUCCUCACCAGAUCAAGUUGAGAACAUUCUCAACGUACACCAUACCAUUUUGGCUAUUGGACAUCUAGCUAAAGGUUUACCUGAACCAUCAUUAAUACAACAAUCAUCUUCGCUAGACCAACCACCACCCCCAUACUCUGAACCAUUUGUCCAAUCCACACAAGCAAUCUUUGUUGUCUUGGAUCAGAUGUCUCAAUAUAAAGUUAUCAGAGAUGCUUCCCGAUUCACUUUUGCCCAGAUUGUCAGCUCUACUGGCUUUGCCAUCUUGAAUCACGUACCUGCGUUCGUAAAUGGUUUACUUGGUAGACUUGAAAUGAACGAGUUGAGUGACUUCUUGACUUUCUUGAAUAUGUUAGUGCACAAGCUAAAAUCACAAGUCUUUUCAAUUCUUAACUCUAUUCUACAACCUAUUAUUGAUAGGGUCUUUUCAUUCUUAUCAAUGCAGAUAUCUGGUACUGAUGAUGAACUUAACAGAACAGAGAUGGAAAAGAGCUACCUUAAUUUUAUCGGUACCAUACUUUCAGCUGGACUUCAAGGUGUGUUCAUUUCUGAUGAGAACAGAGGGAGAUUUGUUCAAAUUCUUGAAUCUGUAUGUCAAUUUGCUCGAGAUUGUGCUCCACCUACACAAAGAAUCGCUUUCAACAACGUCGCAAAGAUUAUCUUCUGCUACGGCACUAUUGAGCAAGUGCAAAAUGAUCUGAAAGUUUUACCCGCCCAAAACGUCGUACAAAUCAGCCCGGCUCCAAUGCCUUUGAGUGGUUUCGAAGAGUUUAUCUACCAACAAUUCAUCAAAUUGGCAUUUGAAGUACCUGCCAAGCCAACAUUCAACUUGAAAGAUGGUCAAUCUAAUGUUGUCCUCGGUGAAAUUGCACUCCUACUUAGACAGGCGUACUUGAGUCGUGGUGAUGAACUUUUGAACUAUCUCAGAAGCAUUUAUUUACCUUCAAUUGGGUGUCCUGACCACAUUGCAGUCGAACUUACAAACCACAUCUCAACAGACGAGCCCAAGGUGUUCAAGAGAGCAUUUACAGAGUUUAUAAAAGUAUCCAAAGCCGCAUGA